GAUUUCGGUGUAACACCGGAAACGGAAACCCUAAAGAAGCGAUCAAAAAGUCAGGAGAAGCACCCUGGCGCUAUCAUUGCUUUAAGAAUAAGGAGUCUCUCAAACUGAAUGUUCGUGUGCCCUGCGGUGUCUCCGCGUUAGAAUUAUUCUUGAGCUAUAUUGUUAACUAGCAUGAAAUACGAAGCUAUCGUUAUUUAGUUCACUGCAACCGUUAGCUCGCUUUUGCCGCUGUUUAAUUGACGCCUAGUUGCAGAGAGGUGUCUGAAGCUGUCAGCCGAUGUUGGAGGGACCUGAGGGAUUAUGGCCGACCCUGCACGCAUCAAGCCCGAGGUUAAACCCGAGAGAACGACCUCUGCCAACGAGGACCAUCCGAAACCAGAGGCCGCUGAGGAUGGACCUGCCGCGUCUAAACCCGCGGACGUAAACAAAGAGUCCUCCUCGCAAGAUCAGGUCAAACAGGAGGAGAAAUCUGAUGUGGCAGCCGAGGAAGAUGAGGAAGAGGGAACCUCCGACCAAGCCUCCAAAAGGCUGAAGCUGGAACCAGAGAAGAAAAAGGAGAGGCGCCAAAAGGUCGACGAGGAUGAAAUACAAAAGAUGCAAGUUUUGGUGUCCUCCUUUUCUGAAGAGCAGCUAAAUCGCUAUGAGAUGUACAGACGCUCUGCCUUUCCAAAGGCGGCAAUCAAGAGGCUGAUCCAGUCCAUAACAGGAUCAUCAGUGUCACAGAACGUGGUGAUCGCCAUGUCUGGUAUUUCCAAGGUGUUUGCCGGUGAAAUUGUUGAGGAAGCAUUGGACGUUUGUGAGAAGUGGGGAGAAACCCCACCGCUUCAGCCCAAGCAUAUGAGGGAGGCGGUGAGGAGGCUGAAGAGCCGAGCUCAGAUCCCCAAUACCAAGUAUAAGCAAAUCCUCUUCCAGUGAGACGCUCUAGAUUUCAUGGGGAAGUGGUCCUGGGAUUUGAACAAUGGUUCUCUAGCGUGUGGAAAAAAACACAAGUCAAAAUCAGUAACUGGAGUAUUGAAGAAGGACCAUUUCAGACAAUACCAAGAGGCACUUGGUACUUGAAGGCAACUGUUGAAAUGAGGUCCUCUUACUCAACAUUCACCUCUAGCUUUCUAAAUGCAGCAUACAGUGCAAAUUGUGUGAAAUUAUAUUCAUGGUAUCAUGGUUGUAAAUAGUGUUUUUUUUUUACUGUCUUGGUCUUUUGCCUCAAUUAUUUUAAAGAACUGGUGAACUGUUUUUUUUCUUCUGUUUAUAAAAUCUUACGGUGGUAGUUGGCUGCCAUCAUUCAGCCCAUCGCAGAACUAAUGUCUCACAAUACAUAAAUUAAAAGUUGAAUUUUUUUUUUUACUGUGACAAACCACAGCUCACAUUUCUAACAUAAUGGAGGUGAGACUUGAACCAAUACUUUGCUGUAUAUUAUAUAACAAAAUGUGGAUGCCAUUUGUUAAACGGAAGCAUGCCUUUCUAUUCACACUUGGCACAACUGGAAUGUGUUCAUUUAUUCUUUCAUAAUAUUUCCCACAUACUAGCUUCAGUUCAUAGAACCAAUUUUAUAUUAGUCUUAAUAAAGUGACAGACUAUACAAAAAAAAUACACAACUGACAUACUGUUUUACAUCGAUACAAGUGCAAACUAGUGAAUUCAUCACACAAAGUGAAAGUAAUUCACAAGGCUUAAACUAGGCAACAUGCGUUCGGUGUCAACAUUUCACUAGGUUGAAAUAGGUCUUGCAUCAUUCUCCAUCCUGCUGUUUAUGGUUGUAAGCAGAUGGAACCCAGAGCACCAGUUGGUCAGCCAAACAAGAAUGCUACUAAACAGGAGAAGGUGGCUAUAAACUGAAUUCACAGCUACAUGUUGCAUUGUACUGCUAUCUUUGUCUACUAAGGCAUGCAAAAAUAAAA